CUUAUUAACAAUAAUUAUGGGCUUUAAAUUUGAUUUAAUUUACAUCAACUUUAGUUGUCACUUGCCCACCAGGAAAGUGAGAACUACCUCAUCCUGAGGUUUGAGAAAGUAUUUUUGCUGUUUAGGACCCCUUCUGGCCUGAAGGCCCCUAGAGAACUUAAAUUUUGAACCUUUUUACAGACUGGCAAAUUUAUCUGCUGCUGGUACAUAGUGAGAAUUGGUGGACUUUACUGGGGAUGGACCCUUUAUUAAAAUCUAGCUAAUUUGGCCAGCUCAGGUCAGCUCCUGUAUACAGUAAAAACACCAUACAGUUAAGGAAGUGGAUAAGAUCAAAAAGUCCCUUUGAUGGAAAGAGAAAAAGGAACUGGUAGAAGCACAGGAACCAAGUAAUACAGGUUGGGUUUUGCCACAUCAGACAGAACCUUAGGUAAGGGACACUGACCGUUACUAUAAUAACCCUACUAAUAAUAUAUGUCACUGGUAUGAGUCAUGUAAAUAUGAUCCGGCAACAAUCCAACACCUCAAAGGCUUGGAUCUUCAGUGCCAAUGGUCAUCUGAGUCCCAAUGAUUUGAGCUCCAAAGCUAAGAGGUUGAACCCCUGCCUGAGACCAUUUAACUAGAAAAGCUGCACAAGAGGACAUCAGCGGGUGCAUCAUGAAAGGAAUUUUUAUUAUAAUUAUUGAAAAAGAAUAAACUUACUUAGCAUGAAAGUAAAGGAAUAUAAAAAAGGACCAGACAAGGAAAUACAAACUGAAAUACAGCACGGAUUAACAGGAAACAGUUAUGAAUGGUGACAAUAACACACCCAGCAUCACCAUUAAAACAUAAGGUUAGUGGUGAAAUAGGAGGCAGUAUUAUAAUGUGGGGAACCUUUUCAUCAGCAUGGGCAGGGAAGCCGAUCAGAAAUAAUAAGAAAAUGGAUGGACCUGUGUGCGGUUAAUUUAUAAUGAACAAGAAUGACCUAUUUAAAGACUCUUGAAAUGUGUCUGAUUCAGGUGAAUAGCACGAUUGGAGCCUAUUUCAAAUUUGUUAUUGUAAGAAAUGUUGAAAACAGUUCAUAUUUUCUUAUUUUACCUCACAGGUGAUGCUGGACAUAUUUAUUGAAUCCUUAAAUGUGUGUUUUUGUUUCAUCACAAAAUGUGAAAAGUUCAUAUUUAUGCAAACUUUUUCAAGGCAUGUUCCAGCUUUUGUCCCUGGUUAUCACAAUUCAAGAACAUUUUGUAAAAAAAAAUAUAACACCCUUAGCAACACCACGUGAGAAGGAGAAGUGAGAAGUUGCAGUCAGCACCAAAAACUACCGAAGGAUUUGUUAAUGUCCAGUUUCACCUCGACUCACAGAGAAAUCUAACCAUGGAAGUGGAUUAUUAUGAAUAUAAUUAUGAUUACACUGCAGACAAUGAAACUGACAACAGCACAAAGAUAACAGACCUGCUACAUUUUCACAGAUCUUCAUCCUCCCUGCCUCUUGUUCUUGCAGUGUUCAAUAUCUUUAUAUCAGUCCUUGGUAUCUGUGGGAACUCACUGGUGAUUUGGAUAUGCGGGUUUAAAAUGAAAAGAACGGUCUUCACCAUCUGGUACAUCAGUCUGGCUAUUUCAGAUUUGUUUUUUUGUGCCUUUUUGCCCUUUGAAGUGUUCUAUAGCCUGACUUCCAGUUGGCCUUUUGGCCAAGCACUGUGCAAGCUCUCCUCUUCUGCUUUGUUUCUCAACAUGUACAGCAGUGUGUUUCUUUUGGUUCUAAUCAGCGCUGACCGCUGUGUUCUGAUUUUAUUUCCUGUGUGGGCAAACAACCACCGAACGGUACAUAGAGCGUGCGGGGCGGUUGCCCUAAUGUGGCUCCUCUCUGGAAUCCUAACACUGCCUUCAGUGAUCUUCAGAACGACCAGAAUCAGCAGUUCAGUCACCAGAUGUGUUACGGAAUACGGGGCCAACUCCAGACACGAAGGUGUAGCACUGGGACGCUUCUUUUGUGGGUUCCUGGUUCCUUUCCUGAUGAUUGUGUUGAGCUGUGUGGUGCUGAGUGUGAAGCUGAGAGAUUCAACGGUCCGAUCGAAAAGGCCUUAUAAAAUCAUGGUGGCGCUCAUAGUGUCGUUUUUCUUCUGCUGGGUCCCCUACCAUACCUUUGUUCUCAUGGAAAUGAACUUUAAAAAACACAAGCCGGAGGUGGUCGAUGCUGGGCUGAGAGUGGGGGCCACCCUGGCAGCGGCCAACAGCUUCAUCUACCCGAUUCUCUACGUCUUCUGUGGCCAUGACUUUAGGAGAACUCUGAGGCGCUGUUUGACGUCAAGGCUUGAGGAGACGAUGGGGGAAAAUACCCUCACAGCUGGGUUCAAUACCUCCAGAUCCAAAUAAAGGAUUAAUUAUUGAAAGGAAUGCUUCAAUAUGCAAAUAUGAUUAACUCGUCAAGAAAAAAAUUUUUUUCUGUUUUUUUGUUUUUUGGUCCUCUUACUACCAAGUU